GUGACGAGCGGUGGUGGUAACCAGACUACAUGGGAUCGUGCUAAUGUGGCUAUAUUCACGUUGUUAUUCGUGUUCUCUUAAUUUCUCGUUUUUGACUUAAAUCCGUCACGAAAAAUUACUGUUAAGCUGGUUGUUCUUACUUAACGUGUGUCAAUUAAUGAGCAUUCAGAAAACACAUCGCUAGUAAAAUGUCUGACAGAGAUACCGAAAGUCCAGAGCCUUUUGAUGAACCUUUCAUGCAAGAUGGUGCAGAUUCCUCGCCGGUGCGAAAUCUGGAUGAUGAGGUACUAAGCGAAGCUGACGUACUUAGCCUGAGUCAGUUUGACGAUCCAGAAGAAGAAGAUGGAGAAGAACUAUUUGGCGAUAACUUAGAAAGGGACUACCGUCCAAUACCUGCUCUUGAUCGCUAUGAUGGUGAUGUGUUGGAUGAAGAUGACUAUGAUAAUAUGAGUCCAGGUGCAAGAGCUGCUGCAGAAAGAGAAUUACAAAGACGUGAUUUGGAAGAAGGAACUGGCAGGAGAGAUGCUGAUGGCAUACUUUAUGAUGAACAUGAUGAUGAUGAGGCCUCAAGAAAAAAACGACGAAUGGCUGAAAGAGCUGCUACUGGUUUUAUUGUUGAUGAUGAGCAGGAUGAAGAAAUGAUUGAAUCUAUUGAAAAUUUACAAGAUACUAAAGGACAUACAGUUGCUGAAUGGGUUACAAUGUUAGGCCCGAAAACUGAAAUCGCAAACCGUUUCAGAAAUUUUAUUCGUAAUGAUGUCACUGAAAGUGGUUCAUAUUUGUAUAAAGAUAAAAUAAGAAAGAUGUGUGAGAGUAAUUUAUGUAGCUUGGAAGUAGAAUUUACUAAUUUGGCUAAUAAACAACAUACACUGGCCCUUUUUUUGCCUGAAGCACCUUCAGAAAUGAUCAGCAUAUUUAAUGAAGUAGCUAAAGACCAAGUGCUCUCAAUGUAUCCUCAAUAUGGAAGAGUUACUGCUGAAAUAUUUGUUCGGAUAACUGAUUUACCACUUAUAGAAGAAAUUCGUACUUUCAAGAAAAUUCAUUUGAAUCAAUUGGUCAGAACUCGUGGUGUAGUAACUUCAACUACUGGAGUAUUACCUCAACUUAGUAUUAUUAAGUAUGAUUGUUCUAAAUGUGGUCAUGUUUUGGGACCGUUUGUACAGUCUCAAAGUCAAGAAAUUAAACCUGGAUCAUGUCCCGAGUGUCAGAGUACUGGACCUUUUAUGGUUAAUAUGGAACAAACUUUGUAUAGAAAUUACCAAAGGAUUACCAUACAAGAAUCUCCUGGUACUAUACCACCUGGCCGUAUACCAAGAAGCAAAGACUGUGUUCUAUUAGCUGAUCUAUGUGAUCAAUGUAAACCUGGUGAUGAAAUAGAUGUAACUGGAAUAUAUUCUAACAGUUAUGAAGGAUCGUUAAAUACAGGAAAUGGAUUUCCAGUAUUUGCUACUGUCAUCAUGGCUAAUCAUUUAAUUGUUAAGGAUAAUAAACAUAUAGUUGAGUCUCUUACUGAUGAAGAUGUAUCUCAAAUAUUGAAGCUGUCAAAAGAUCAUAAGAUUGGUGAACGUAUAGCUGCUUCUAUUGCCCCAUCCAUUUAUGGACAUGAUUAUAUAAAAAAAAGUUUGGCGUUGGCAUUAUUUGGUGGUGAACCAAAAAAUCCAGGUGGCAAACAUAAACUCCGUGGAGAUAUAAAUGUCUUGUUAUGUGGAGAUCCAGGAACAGCCAAAUCCCAAUUUUUAAAAUAUAUUGAAAAAGUAGCUCCACGUGCAGUUUUUACAACUGGACAAGGAGCUUCUGCAGUUGGUCUUACAGCUUAUGUCAAACGAGAUCAUCAAAGUAAAGAAUGGACAUUAGAAGCCGGUGCUUUAGUUUUGGCCGAUCAAGGAAUCUGUAUUAUUGACGAGUUUGACAAGAUGAACGACCAUGACAGAACUUCAAUUCAUGAAGCUAUGGAACAACAAAGCAUUUCUAUAUCUAAAGCUGGUAUUGUAACUUCACUUCAGGCACGAUGUUCUGUUAUGGCUGCUGCUAAUCCAAUUGGUGGCCGUUAUGAUCCUGCUAUGACCUUUUCAGAAAAUGUGAAUUUAUCAGAACCCAUUAUGUCAAGGUUUGAUGUAUUAUGUGUUGUACGAGAUGAAGUUGAUCAAGCUAAAGACAAUCAACUUGCAACAUUUGUGGUACAGUCACAUAUGCGUAAUCAUCCCCUAAAUAAGGAUAAAGAAUGCGAUUUAAGGAAUCCAUUUUCUACUACAGACUUGGAACCUAUUCCCCAAGACUUGUUAAAAAAAUAUAUUGUUUAUUCCAAACAAAACAUUCAUCCUAAACUCCAUCGUAUGGACCAAGACAAAGUGGCUAAAAUGUAUAGUCAACUGAGACAAGAAUCUAUGAUGACAGGAAGUCUACCAAUUACAGUGCGACAUAUUGAGAGUAUGAUUCGUAUGGCAGAAGCCAAUGCAAAAAUACAUUUGAGAGAUUAUGUUCAAGAAGAUGAUGUCAAUAUGGCCAUACGUAUAAUGUUAGAAUCGUUUAUCGAAACCCAAAAGUACAGUGUUAUGAAAACAAUGAGAAAGACAUUCCAAAAAUACUUAUCUUUCAAAAAAGAUGUAACAGAAUUAUUGUACUUUAUAUUACAUCAAAUGGCAAAUGAUCAAUUAGUUUAUAUUAGAGGUAUACAUGGUGUUUCUGUUAACACAAUUGAAAUACAUGAAAAAGACUUUAAAGACAGAGUAAAACAAAUAGAUGUGCAUGAUUUUAAACCUUUUUUUGAAAGCAAAUUGUUCAAAAAUAACAACUUUGUGUAUGAUGAAAAGCGGCACAUGAUUACACAAACUUUGCAACUUGCUGAAUAAACAAAUAAAUGGUUAUAUGAAAAUUUUGUUAAAAUAAUUUAGUUUUAAAAUGUUGAUAUGAAUAAUUUUUUUUAUAUAAUAUUUAUUUUACUGUAAUGAAUAUCUGAUACUUUGAAUUAUUCUUAUAUGUAUAAUUCAUUCAGCAUGAAUUAUUUUUAGAAGGAAAAAUAUUUUAAUAUUUGUAUUU